UGCCAUGCCAACGCAAACAGUGACCAUUGCCAGGACUGUUGACCGAGGGUUAGGUUUGGUUACGUCGUUAAUGUUUUUAAAUCGUUAAACGCAAUGAUUCCACCGGCCGAAUCUCUCCUUAAAUAUGACAACCCAGUUUUGAUCAGCAAAGGCACAGACAGAAAAUCUCCAAAGGGCCGCCCCUUGAGACUGAGCCCUCAGCAGCCCGCUGACUCUGUACCCGUUCCACCACCUCCUAAACCAAAACCAGCUGCUAAUGAAACCACCAGGCAGGAGAACGAGGAGAUCCUGAACACCAUCCUUCCACCCAGGGAAUGGACGGAGGGAAACCAGCUUUGGGUGCAGCAAGUGUCCAGUGCACCAUGUUCACGAGCAGAUGUUAUUCACCUGGAGGAACUCUUGAACUUGAGGCUGCAGCAGAGACAGGCCAGACACACAGGAAUCUGCCCCAUCCGCAGGGAGCUCUACUCCCAGUGUUUUGAUGAGCUGAUCAGACAGGUAACCAUCAACUGCGCUGAGAGAGGCCUGCUGCUGUCACGGGUCAGAGAUGAGAUUCAAAUGACUUUUGCUGCCUACCAAAAACUGUACCAAAGUGGCAUGGCUUUUGGAAUGAGGAAAGCACUGCAGGUUGAGCAGGACCUGAUUGACAUGGAGCAAAAAAUUGCAGACCUGGAAACUGAGACAGAAGACCUAAAGAGGCAAAUGAAUGAACAGAAAGCUAAAUGUGAGAAUAUUGAAACGAGAGAAGCUGAGAAGAGAGAGGUGGAGGGGCAUAAGCACACUGAGCAGAUUCAGUCCCUGAGGAAAGUCAACCAACAGUUCAAGAUCCAACUGGAAGGCAUAAUUGCGCCAAAGAAGUGAAAAAAGCCAUUUGUCAGUGAAAAUAAAUAAUUAAAAAAAUAUAUAUAUUAUAUUAUAUUAUUUCUGUUAAAUAAAUGAACCUGAGCUGAA